ACCGACCGUCUAACCCCCCUCUGUGCUCGGGCUGAUAGCGCGCGGGAUCCCGUCGCUGUUGAGAUGUCGGUGGUGGGCUUUGAUGUGGGCUUUCUGAGCUGCUAUGUAGCGGUAGCUCGCGCCGGAGGAAUAGAGACCGCGGCCAACGAAUACAGCGACCGAAGCACACCAGCAUGUGUGUCUUUUGGGCCUCGAAAUCGAUCUAUUGGAGCGGCAGCUAAAAGCCAGAUGGUCACCAAUUGCAAAAACACUGUCCAAGGAUUCAAGCGUUUCCAUGGCCGGGCGUUCUCGGAUCCGUUUGUCCAGAACUUGAAGUCCAGUCUCGUUUACGACCUGUCACAGAUGCCUUCGGGAACGACGGGCAUAAAGGUGAUGUACAUGGAGGAGGAGAAGGUGUUCAGCAUUGAACAGAUUACUGCGAUGCUCCUCACCAAACUCAAGGAGACUGCCGAGAGCGCCCUCAAGAAACCCGUCGCUGAUUGUGUCAUCUCUGUGCCCUGCUUCUACACCGAUGCUGAGAGGAGAUCCGUCAUCGAUGCGGCUCAGAUCGCAGGACUCAACUGUCUGAGGCUCAUGAAUGAAACCACCGCAGUGGCUCUGGCUUACGGGAUCUACAAGCAGGAUCUUCCCACUCCUGAAGAAAAGCCAAGGACAGUGGUGUUUGUGGAUAUUGGCCAUUCAGGCUACCAGGUCUCUGUGUGUGCCUUUAAUAAAGGCAAGCUUAAGAUUCUUGCUACAGCCUUUGACCCUGAAAUGGGAGGGAAAGACUUUGAUGAGCGGCUGGUCAAACAUUUUUGUGAGGAGUUUGCCGUGAAGUACAAGCUGGAUGUGAAGUCCAAGCCCAGAGCUUUGGUCCGACUCUACCAGGAAUGUGAGAAGCUCAAGAAGCUGAUGAGCGCCAACUCCUCUGACCUGCCGCUGAACAUCGAGUGCUUCAUGAAUGAUAUCGAUGUCUCCGGCAAACUCAACAGGGCUCAGUUUGAAGAGAUGUGUGCUGAUGUUUUAGCCCGAGUGGAGCCUCCGCUGCGCAGUCUAUUGGAGCAAGCUCAUCUGAAGAAAGAUGACAUCCAUGCUGUAGAAAUAGUGGGCGGAUCCUCUAGAAUGCCAGCCAUCAAAGAAAGAAUCAACAAGUUCUUUGGGAAGGAGCCCAGCACGACGCUGAAUGCAGAUGAGGCUGUGGCCAGAGGAUGUGCCCUUCAGUGCGCUAUCCUCUCCCCUGCUUUUAAAGUGCGUGAGUUCUCCACAACAGACGUGGUUCCGUUUCCCAUCUCUCUGAAGUGGAAUUCUGCAGCUGAAGAUGGAGUCAGCGACUGUGAGGUCUUCCCAAAGAACCAUUUAUUUUGGAUGCUUAAACCAGCCAAGAUACCAACAUCAGCAGAGGAAGGCAAACAGGAGAAGAAAUCAGAUCAGCCUCCACAAGCCAAGAAGGCCAAAGUGAAAACAAAGGUCCUGGAGCUGCCCAUCGAGAACAACCCACAGUGGCAGUUAGCCAAUGACAUGCUCAACCUCUUUGUGGAGAGCGAGGGUAAGAUGAUCGUGCAGGACAAGCUUGAGAAGGAGCGGAACGAUGCCAAGAACUAUGUGGAGGAGUAUGUGUACGAGAUGAGGGACAAACUGCACGGGAUAUUCGAGAAGUUCGUCAACGACAGCGACAGAGAUGUUCUCUCAUUAAAACUGGAGGACACCGAGGUCUGGCUGUAUGAGGACGGUGAAGACCAGCCUAAACAAGUAUACAUUGAUAAACUGGUUGAUCUGAAGAGUCUUGGCCAACCCAUUCAAGACAGAUACACAGAGUUUGAGGAGAGACCCAAAGCGUUUGAUGAGUUGGGCAGACAGCUGCAGCAAUACAUGAAGAUUGUAGAGGCCUACAAAACCAAGGAAGAGCAGUAUGACCAUCUGGAGGAGGCUGAGGUUCAGAAGGUGGACAGGAUGGUGAACGAUGUCAUGAUCUGGAUGAACAGCAAAAUGAACCAGCAAAGUAAACAGAGUCUCGCCGUGGAGCCUGUGGUGAAAACGACAGAGAUACAGGCCAAAACACGGGUCAGUCGCAGUUUGUUCAUCAUUCAGCAGCAUGGUACAGAUCAAAGUACCGUGGUAGGGCUGGGAGGUAUGACGGUAUAUAUCGUAACCACGGUAGAAAGUGUCUCUCGUUAAAGAUUUUGCUGUAUCGUUUAUUUCGUGGUAUGCAAGUAUAUCCACGUAGCACAGUACUACUUAAAUGUUACAUACACCUGACCUAAGAGUGGUAAAGAAUCAUGCAUGAAUGAGAAAAUAAAGAGUGGGAUGUGCAUGAUGUUAAAUAGUUACUAAACGCAAUAAGCAGUGAACAUCUCAAUGCACGGCACGCGAUAGCAAAUGCAUGUGCAUGAUGUUUAAUGAAGUUAUGAAGAGCAAUAAGCAGUGAAAAAGAACUCAAUGCAGUUCUCGCUCGCUGACAUACAGCCGAAGCACGCGCACAGAACGCACCUCUCUAAGUGCGCGAUUGCGAAUUCAGUUCCCUUUCGCAUCUUAUUGCGCUUGAAUGGUCAAAUACACAUAAUUAUGUCAAAAUGCCCGUCGUGUGGAGUAUUCACAUAAACCCAGUCGGUUAUGGC